AUGUGCAUAGUAAUAAGUGCUAUAUGUAUAGUACAUACUCUAUACAACGAGGUCGAAGUGGCAGACCGAAACCCCCAAUCUCCGGUAUCCAAUACCCCAUCCGCCUCCAACCAUCUAUCUACUCCGCAGCCGCCUCGGAAUCCUCCUGGCAUAGUCCCUUCAGCCCCAACCUUUGCUCCCGUUUCGUCGAGCCGCCCCGACAGCCAACCUCGCGCCCGCCCCCUCGCCACUCCCCAACAUCAACGGGACCAGCAAUAUCAUAACCCAUCCUCGGCACCACGACAAAUUCUGGGAAGAAGGCGGCGAACUUCCGGCGCCGAUAGCAACCACAUCUUACUGAGCGCUCCGAUCUCUGAAUCGCCAGCCUCCGAGGUUACCUCGACAGGAUCUCCUCCAACCAAACGUCGGCGGGCCGAGGUUACCAUGUUGGCGGACGCAGACGACUCGGGAGCAGCUAUUGGCAAAUCACGGUCUUAUACUAACGGUAAGCCCAGCCAACGGCCUCCGGCAGCUGGUACUACAAAUGGAACCCAUAAACUAAGUUCAUCUAAAAAUGGAACAUCUAAACUGCGGAAUGCUGAGAAAUAUUUUAAUCAUGAUCGUGAGGAAGUCACAAGGAUCCUUAUACAGGCGCUUUCAGACAUGGGGUACCACUCGGCAGCACAAAACGUCAGUGAAUCCAGUGGCUAUGAGCUUGAAAAUCCAACAGUUGCUUCCUUCAGAACUGCUAUCCUUGAGGGUGAUUGGGUGGAGGCGGAAGAACUUCUUGAUGUGACAGCACCGUCCGGGGAACCUGGGAGCUCCAAUAACAGCGGGCUUGUGCUCGCUGCUGGUGCGGAUCGAAAUGUGAUGAGAUUUUGGAUACGCCAGCAGAAAUAUCUCGAACUUCUGGAACGAAAAGAACAUGAUAAAGCAUUGAUGGUGCUCAGGCGUGAGCUUACGUCCCUUUAUCAGGAUACUCGUAAACUUCACUUCCUCUCGGCCUUGCUAAUGUGUCCAACUAAGGAAGAACUACGGUCCAAGGCCGGCUGGGAUGGGGCUAAUGGGCGGUCGAGGCAUACACUACUCUCAGAACUCUCAAAAUGUAUAUCUCCUUCGGUUAUGCUUCCAGAGCAUCGGCUAGCCGAUCUGUUAGACCAGGUUAAGGAAUCACAGAUAACAAGCUGUGUUUGGCAUUCACGUGGCGAAGCGCCGUCAUUGUAUUCUGAUCAUGUUUGCAAUCGGCAUGACUUCCCUACUGAGACAGUAUUUGAACUUGAUGAUCAUGCCGGAGAAGUAUGGCAUGUUGUUUUCUCCCACGACGGGACUAAAUUAGCUAGCUGUGGCGGUGAUAAGCAAGUUAUCAUUUGGGAGGUGCCGUCCUUCAAGAUACUCCAUUGUCUGAGCGAUCAUGGCGACGGGGUGGGCAACAUUUCAUGGAGUUGGGAUGAUUCAAUGCUAGUUUCAUGUUGUCGAGAUCGGUAUGCACGGUUGUGGGAUGCCAAGACCGGGCAAUGCCUUCGAGGAUUAUAUCAUUACCAAGAGCCUGUUAGCAGUUGUGUCUGGGCUCCUGAUAACAAGUCUUUUGUUAUAGGCUCACUGGACAAGGUUAGCAGUCUAGUCCAAUGGAAUCUUGCUGGGGAAAAAAUUCACGACUGGAAAGGUCCUCAGCGCAUAGAGGAAUUAGCCUUAUCCCCUGACGGACGUUGGCUUGUGGCAAUGGACUGCGCGAAGCAUAUACACGUCUACAACUUCCAGACGAGAGAGUUUGAGUAUAAGUUGGAUUUAAAAUCCAGGUUAACUUCUCUUAGCAUCAGCGAGAAUUCAAGAUACCUCUUGGUCAACCAGACAAAUGGUUACGCUCAGCUGGUGGAUCUGGUUCUUCGAACGCCAGUACAGCAUUAUACGGGUCACACAGGCGGCGAAUUCGUGAUUAGGGCCUCACUGGGGGGUGCUCAUGAAAUGUUUGUGAUAUCUGGUAGUGAGGAUGGCUAUAUAAAUAUCUGGAGUAAAGUUACGGCGCAAUGUAUCCAGAGAUUGUCAGCCCACAGCCCCAGGUGUAAUUCGGUUGCUUGGUGUCCGACAAACCCGCAGCUAUUUGCGUCGUGCGGCGAUGAUGGCAAAAUCAAAAUCUGGUCUAAUGAUACAUGGAGGCGCAACCAACGGCAGCUGGCAACAACGAGUAGGGAUUCAACUGCCUGA